GGAUUGGUUAGGUGGGCUUUUCCCCUCCCCAUUCCCUCCAAAGAAACCCAGGUUCUGGUUCUGCACUCUACCUGCCCAACAGUGGCCACUGGCCCUUCACCCUCUCCCAUGCCCUUGACCUGAAUUCUUGGAAGCACAGGAAACAACAUGCCAUGUAGGGGCUGAGUAAGCAUCUCUGGGGCCACAAAUUAAAUUAAGCUUUCAGGGCCGCCUGCCUUGUUAUUACUAACGGCUCCACCCUGGCUCAGCUCCUAGGUCCCUGUCCUGUGGAAAUUUGGGAGCCCUGGGCACCCUCUCUUGCUCUGAAAUUUUAAUUGGCUCCUGGGAACCUCACCCCAAAUUGGAGAUGGGCACCUCUCUUGUAGAACAAAAGGCUCAGGUCCGGGGAGUAAGGGCCUGAACUGUGCCCCCACCCUCCAGGAAGGGCCCCUUGCAGGCUGGCUGCAGGGAUCAGUCACGUGUGGCCCUUCAUUAGGCCCUGCCAUAUAAGCCGAGGGCACGGGGUGGCCGGGAACUCUCUAGGGAAGAAUCCAGGAGGCAGAGGCCAUGCUGACUGCAGCGAUGCUGAGCUGUGCCCUGCUGCUGGCACUGCCUGCCAUGCAGGGAGCCCAGAUAGGCUUGGCCCCCCUGGAGGGCAUCAGAAGGCCCGACCAGGCCCUGUUCCCAGAGCUCCCAGGCCUGGGACUGCAGGCCCCACUGAAGAAGACAACUGCAGAACAGGCAGAAGAGGAUCUGCUGCAGGUGGCUGAGGCCUUGGCAGAGGUAGAAGACCUGCAGGAUCGCGAGCCCCGCUCCCCACGCCGCUGCGUAAAGCUGCAGGAGUCCUGCCUGGGACAGCAGGUGCCUUGCUGUGACCCGUGUGCCACGUGCUACUGCCGCUUCUUCAACGCCUUCUGCUACUGUCGCAAGCUGGCUACUGCCACGAACUCCUGCAGCCGCGCCUAGCUGGCCAGCUUCAGGGCCGGAGCUAGGGUAGGGGCAAGGAAAUGCGAAUAAAGGAUGGGACC